AUAGCGCGAUCGUUCCCUGCCCUUCAUUGGAGUGUUUGAAGCUUGAUUCUGCUUACACUCUUUCUGUGAAUUCUGCUUGUCAUUCGUUUCUUUCUUGUGACAAUAAAGCCGGUACGGGAUGUCUGAACGUAGGAGAGCAGAGAUCGAGGCAAAGAAGGCGAAACUUGCAGAACUUCGCAAGGCCAGAGAGGAAAGGCAGAAACAUGACAACGAGCGUAAAGCUCUAGAAAGAUCUACUGGUCCCACUAUAGUAGCACGUAAAGAAGUUGACGACCUCGUCGAGUCUCUCAUCCGAGGACCGAGUAGCCUCAGUCGGAGGGGCAUCGACAGUGCUCUCGAUUCUCCCACCUCUAUACCUGGUACUCCUGUUGUUCCUUCAGGCAAUCUCCCUGGCCCAUCGUCUCUCUCACUCUCUGGUUCUGGUCGACUUAGUAGACAGAGUGAUGCCGCCUCCGAUCGUGUUAGCAUGGGUACUUCCGCGGUACAAGCGAUGAAUGGAGGAUUUGAUCAGGCUACGGAUCGACAGUAUUAUGACCCCUCGAAUUGUUCCAGACUUGGUUGAAGUUGAGCAAGAGCUGUUCGAGUUGCCACAGAAGGAACGCGUAACGUACAACAAGGAGGUGCAGACUAUGACCUCUGAAUCAGAAACAGAAACACCUUCUGAAGAUGAUAUUCGAGAACGCAUUCUUCGGGAGCGUGAGGUAGCUGAAGCAGAACGCUUAGAGAAAGAGAAACAACUCGAGGAAGAGAGUGCACGACUGGACAAGGAGAUUGAACAAGAAAUUCGAGAAAUGACCGAAGAGGAGAGAAAUAGUAUAUUCUCUGCACCUGACUUUCUUGAUUUCGUUGAGCAGUCGACGAAGAUUGUGCAGCGUGCGCUGAACGACAACUACGAUUAUACAAGAGACUAUACGAUAGGUACGGAGACUGGAGGGGAUGAUUCUGAAGGGCGAAGGGUGAAGCGAGUCUGUGCGUUCUGGGAUGAGCAUCAUUGCAAGAACAGGUCGAUCACGGACGUCGACUGGUCGCCGAAAUAUCCCGAACUCAGCUGCGCGUCGUAUAACAAGAACCCGGCAACGAUCAACGAACCUGACGGUAUAGUGGCUGUCUGGAAUAUGCACUUACUUGAACGACCCGAAUUUAUUUUCCAUUCACAAUCUGAUGUCCUCUCGGUGACGUUCUCACCAUUUCACUCAAACCUUGUCUUUGGUGGUACCUAUUCUGGGCAAAUUCUGCUAUGGGACACUCGAUCAAAACAUCUUCCUGUCCUUAAGACUCCUCUGUCGGCUUCUGGUCACACACAUCCCGUCUAUGCCAUGCAGAUGGUGGGAACACAGAAUGCGCAUAAUUUGAUCACGAGUAGUACGGAUGGUAUGGUUUGUAGUUGGUUGGUGGACAUGCUCGCACAACCACAGGAAACAUUGGAACUCGUUCACGCAGGUCAUAACAAAACAGGAGAAGUUGCUAUCACAUGUCUUGAUUUCCCUGACAAUGAGACCACGACAUUCUGGGUUGGAACGGAAGAAGGCAAUGUGUACCAAGCGAACAGAUACGAUCGUGCAGGUGCCAAGGCAGGGCUGAACCAGUACGACGUCUAUAAAGGACAUUCAGGUCCUGUCAUGGGAUUGGACUUCCAUCCCCUCAUUGGACCAGUUGACUUUUCGGAUCUAUUUUUGACUUGCUCCGUUGACUGGACAGUCAAACUUUGGAGAGCCAAGUCUUUGUCGAAACCUUCCACGACGGUGCACCAUCUUCAUCCGUUGUAUUCAUUCGAAGAGGCAGAUGACUACGUGUAUGAUGUCAAAUGGCACCCUACACAACCGGCGAUAUUUGGAUCCGUCGAUGGGUCAGGCAAGUUUGAUGUAUGGAAUCUGAACAUCGACACUGAGGUACCAGUCGUGUCAACGACAGUCAGCUCGGGGCGCGCUAUCAAUAAGCUGCGGUGGGAUCAUAAGGAGGGACGGCGUGCCGCGCUUGGAGGAAGCGACGGGAAGCUAUACAUAUACGAUAUCGGAGACAUGGCACUUCCUCGAGAGUCGGAGUGGACGGAUUUGCAGAGGUCGAUCGCUGGAAUUAUGGGAGGCAAUCAGUCAAACGGUACCCUGGACGGAGAUUCGGCGCGUAUUGUCGCUGGUCGGUGACUCUGACCGUCGUUAUUGUGUGCAUUUCGUGCAGAGUUCCUCAGGUUCUGGUUUUAGAUACUUGUAUACCCUUUCAAUGGAUAAAUCCCUUGUCGUGGAAAGUAGUGGUGGUGGCAAAUAUUGUUGUGACUCCUAUCAAUUUUGAGUUUGCACUAGUCG